CCAAGAGCGACUCCAGAAUAAUAACCAACCUGCUAAAAUACUGGUGUUAGAUCGCGAGUUGAAUUCUCCUAACCACUCUGAUAAAAAAGUAUUAACAAAGUAAUAAGAACAUACGAUUUCAUAAAAUUAAUGUGACGAGUGAUAACAAUUAAAGCAAUAAGCAAAAGUGGAUUUUUUAUGGGGAAUGGAGAUUCAUAGCUUUCGGAUGGAAAACCUGGAAUAACAAUCAUGUCAAAAUUAUUGGAGUUUAAAGUCUUUUUAUCAGAACAGACGAACAAAAGUAAAGUUAUGAUGGCCAUGGUCACGUGGUACAGGCAAGUCUUGUGUGAAUGAGUGUCUAUGGAAUGGCGCCAAGGCUUGGCAUCACUUUGCUGAUCGCCCUCUUCAACCUCAUACCAUCAAUAGCAUCGGUCCAACGCUGCAUGACUUUCGAUGAGCCGAAGAAUGGUUACGUGGUGUGUGACAGUCUUUUUCGUCUCUUUUGCUCACCCGUCUGCCAUCCCGGAUACCGCUUUGUAACCAAGCCUGCCGUGGUGUACAUGUGCGGACCAGUGACGGGGGAAUGGUUUACGUAUCCUGUGGGGAGUGGGGUGCCUUGGCCAGACUGCAUACCAGAUGAUGGAACCGGUAAAGACAAGAUUGAAGAACAAUUGUCCAAACAAAGAAAUGCUAUCACUCAGCACAUGACUGCCACAGGAAGCACGAUACUAGGGUACAGUCCCGCCAAAAUGGAUCAGGAGGACAGAUUCCAUCACUUAUACGAAUACAUCGAGAAGGCACAAAAAGCCUUCGAAUACAAAGAAAACAUAGAAAAAGAAGCCGAAGCCUUACGCAAACAGCAGCUGGAAAACAGACAUAGUCUCAUUUCCAGUAACGCGCAGUAUCACCCGCAGGGACUGGAGACUUAUCCCUCGAUAAAUGAAUACAAAAAGAACAGUAGAAUGGUGUUUAAAGCUCUUCUCAGCAAGGCAAGCAAGGAUUUAGAUAACUAUAUUCAGGGGAAAACUAAGACCAUACACAAUCUCCCUCAAUCAACUAAAGAAUUAUUUAAAUCUAAAGGGCAGACUCAAAGCAGCAAACGACAAGAUCUAAAUUCUAACGCCGAGCCCGUGAUUAUUGAGUUCCCAAGUGAACCCCAGCUUGAAGAGCUCCAAAAGCAGCUUCAACAAGAGGGGAAUGGCGCCCAGAGCAUAAGCAACCUUGUACAGAAGCAACAGCUAAAAUACAUGCGAAUGCAGAACCCAAACAUCCAAAACAGACCCAUGACUACAUUACCUGGAAAAGGACAACCCGGUGGUGCAGUCCCUGGACGUUUAGCAGCUCAAAUGCAGAACAUGCCUCAUGCCUUGGGAAAUCGUCUGAUGCAAGGAGCGCGAGUUAUGCCGGGACAGGUUCAGACUAAGCCUAGUGCCAUGGUAAUGAGCCCGCUGUACAAUGUAGGCAACGUACAGGGGUUGCCCGCAAAACAGUUAGCAUUAGCACUGGCGAAUCAUUACAGACAAAACAGUUUCUUUCAAAAUGGUCGUCUUUUGCCACUAAUGUUUCAACAAAAGCUUGACGCAAUAAGGUUGGCGAAGAGACCAAUCAAAGGAAGGCCCUUAGGUGCAGGUGUCACUUAUCCUUUACAAAGAGUUCCCGUGCAAAUCAAGGGACCUUCGUACCAAAACAGCGCUGUUAAGGAGAAGGAGGUGAAUGGUUUUAUAGUGAAAGAGCUUGCGCGUGAUAAGGCAUUUAUGAAACAGCUCCAGCUAUGGAAUAACACAGAGAAUCAGAAAGAAAAGGCAGAACAACAGAAAGAACAACAGCAUACCAUACAACCGCCGACUCCUCAAAUGCAGGAGCAGUCAGAAGUAAACCAGAAUAUACUCCCUCAAAAACCACAACAUUCGCCAACACAGCAACAACAACAAGAGCAACAACAACAGAUAAUGCAGAAACAGCAAAAACAAGGAAAGCUGCAGGAACAGCUUGGGCAGCACUUGACUCAGGGGCCGUUACAACAACAACAGCAGCAACUACCAAGGCAACAGAAACAGCAACAACCUUUACAACAACAACAAUCAGCCCCAGAGACGAGGCCCCCGCAGCAGCCGCAACAACAACGAGAACAUUAUCUCCAGAACCAGUCACUAAACGUCACAAAUACACAGAUGCCAGUACAACAAGGAUCAUCAGAGAAUACACAGGUGUCACAAACAGGGGAUUUUCAGGCCCAAAUUGAGACAGUAGAACCGAUACGAAAUAAUACUCAAAAUAAUUCUGAGCAAGCAGAAAAUAACAAUAACAAGCAACCGCAAUCAAAUGUGCAGACAAACGUGGAUGCUUCUUUGGGUCUACAGGUACAGCAGGUCGUUGUGCCAUUAUCAUCCCUCGUGAACACAGGCUCGCAGAUGAUGAACAACCAAACAUCUUCGGAACAAGUUAACUCUCAGGUAAACCCUCAAGCGGCUGGAGAUACUAAACAGCCCCAGGAGAAUACAAGAGGUAAUUCCAAUACUCAAAUAAAUAGCCCAUAUCCAUCGGUAAAUAUGACCACUGAAGGUAGCCAAUAUGCGCCAGGACAAAGUAACUCAACAUAUUUGACUGAAUCUGCUGGAAAUACAACAUCGUAUUCCAAUGGAUACCAAAGCAGUGCGUACCCGUUGAUAAAUCAAACUGACAACAUUAACAAUACAGAAAUGAAUAAAAUGAUCAAUCCGGACAACAGUUCAUCGUGGAAUUCUUCGAUCGAUGGAAGCUCUCAGCAAAAGAUGAAUGCAAGGGAACUUUAUAUGGCUUGGCUGAAAAAAGAACAUGAAAAUGGGGACAAACCCAUGAGCGCUGAGGAAUCGUACAAGCAACAGUACCUACAAUGGCUAGCACGACAAGAGGAAGUCAAAGAAGCGUAUAGAAAAUGGCUUGAUGACUUCAUGAAGUCUGCACGCGAAAAAGAAAUAGCUGAAAAUUCACGUUAUGCUUCGACGCAAGCUGCAACAUCAGCGCCCUAUGCAAGCCCUCCGCCGAGCCCUUACCAGCAAAUUACCAGUCCCCAGGUUAUGCAGUCAACGUUAAGUCCACCGGAUAGUCAAUACAAUCAGCCAUCUGUAAGCACCCAGGGUAGCCUGGACAACCAGCCAAGGGCACAGGGUAGCCUGGACAACCAGCCAAACGCACAGCGUCAGGACAACCAGCCAAACGCACAGGGUAGUCAAGAUGAUACGCAGUCGUCUGGUUCACAGGACAGUACCGCGAGGGACUUAUACAUAGCAUGGCUGGCUAAGCACAAGAUGCCAAUUCCGGACUACGCCCUCGAACCGGACAACACGGAACAGAACACUGCGCUGAACAGACCAAGCCGCGAUUCACAAUCGCACGUAAAGAAUAGCACAAAAUCUAGUGCAUCAAGCCAGUAUCCAGAGACUAUUUCUCAAGCAAUCGGCCUGAAAAACAAUGAGUCAAUUAAACAGGCAAACAAUAUAAAAAAUGUCCUUACAAAAGAGGACUUCUUAGUAAAUGAGACUUCGGCAGUUUUAUCAGAAAACUUUCCUGGAUCUGAAUCAAACAAAAGUAUUGGAAAUGCUUUUACAAAAAAGGGAUCAACAAGAGAUAUUCCAAAAACAUUCUCCUUGAACAUUCCCAAAAAUGAUGGUAUUGCGUCAAACGCGAUACAAAAGGAAAAGUUGUUUUAUUUCCCGAUUAAGAACAAGGAGACAUUUAUUAGUUAUUUAUUGACUAAACACACGAAUGAUAAGAGCAAAUAUUGAAAAGACAUUAUUAUUUCAAUAUUAAUCUAGGAUAGCGACCAAGAUAAAAAAAAUGCAUGUAACGCCAAAGGUAACAUUGCGUGCUCUUAUACAAACGUUUGACGAAAGGUUGUCGUCGUCAAUUGGCUUUGCGGGACUACGCGACAAGCCGGCAUAUAAGCAUGGGUAAAAAAACCCACUGGAGCGCUUAGCUGCAUAUAUUAGCCACCGCUACCAUGUCUAAGGGCGCGCUUUUUUGUGAUUCCGGUAUGAGAAUUAUAAGAAUAGAAAAAGCGCGCGUUCGCUUAUCCCGCGUUCCCAUUCCGGAAUGGAAUGAAGGCAAUUCCACCCAUUCUGCUACCUGUAGCAGAAUGACACAAAUGCCAUUCUAAACAUUCUCUACCAACCAUACCCAUUCCAGAAUGAUAGGAAAAAAACGCGCCCUAAGUCUGAGGUUAUGCAGUGGUAAAUAUAUGCAGCUAAGCGCUUCAGUGGUUUUUUAUCCAUGCUUACAUGCGGGCUUGUUGCGUAGUCGCGAAGCCGGUUUGUUAAACGACUGUGAUAUCGCCUAAGAAACCAUUUUGCAGAAGGCUCGUAGUUAUGUAUAUAAAAUAAAAGAUAAAACUAUUCCCCCUUUUCCCGAA